ACAUAAUAACAUUUUCUCUCUUUACAAAACGCCGUUCUCUUCUCCAUUUUCUGCAUUCUAUUCUACUCUCCACGUGCAUUUUCUUUCCUCUAACGAAACCCUUGUUUACUUCUUUCCUUGUUACUUUCAAUCCAAAAAAUCAAAAUCACCUUCAAUUUCCCCUCAGAGAGAAUAAUGAACUCCGAUUCAAUUCACUGAGUUGAACCGGAGAAAGAUCUGAGUCAGUGUGAACGAUUUAACGCGCUUAUGGGUGGUUCUGGUUCCAAACUUGAGAAGGCUCUCGGUGAUAAUUUUCCUGAAGGAGAACAUUACUUCGGCCUUGAGAAUUUUGGCAAUACCUGUUAUUGCAACAGCGUUUUGCAGGCUCUAUACUUUUGUGUUCCAUUUCGAGAACAAUUGCUACAGUAUUAUGGAAAAAACAAAAACAUGCCGGAUGCAGAGGAAAAUCUUUUGACUUGCCUAGCUGACUUAUUUUCGCAGAUAAGUUCCCAGAAGAGGAAAACAGGUGUAAUUGCUCCCAAACGAUUUGUACAGAGGUUGAAAAAACAGAAUGAACUCUUCCGUAGCUAUAUGCACCAGGACGCCCAUGAAUUCUUAAACUAUUUGUUAAAUGAACUUGUUGACAUUCUGGAAAAAGAGGCCCAGAUUGCAAAAGACAAUCGAGAGACAUUACUACCUUCAGAGAAGAUUGCGAAUGGACCAAAAAAUGGUUUAUCUAAUGGUGCUAAAAAAGAGCCGCCUUUAGCUACUUGGGUGCACAAAAAUUUCCAGGGAAUACUUACCAAUGAGACAAGGUGCUUGCAAUGUGAAACAGUAACGGCUAGGGAUGAAACAUUUUUCGACUUGAGUCUUGAUAUUGAACAAAACAGUUCCAUUACAAGUUGCUUGAAAAAUUUCAGUUCAACGGAGACAUUGAAUGCUGAAGACAAAUUUUUUUGUGACAAGUGCUGCAGUUUGCAAGAAGCUCAAAAGAGGAUGAAGAUAAAGAGACCGCCUCGUGUUUUAGUCAUUCAUCUUAAGCGGUUUAAGUACAUGGAACAACUGGGCCGCUACAAGAAACUGUCUUACCGUGUGGUUUUUCCCCUUGAGCUCAGGUUGAGUGAUACAGAUGAAGAAGCAGAUAUUGAGUAUUCUCUAUUUGCUGUAGUUGUCCAUGUUGGGAGUGGGCCUAAUCAUGGGCAUUAUGUUUGCCUUGUAAAAAACCAUAACCACUGGUUAUGUUUUGACGACGAAACUGUUGAGGCGGUUGAUGAAGCUGCUGUUCAAACAUUCUUUGGGUCAACUCAAGAAUUCAACAAUAAUACAGACCAUGGUUAUAUUUUGUUCUACGAGAGCGUUAACAGAAACUAAACAGAGUAGAGCCUUACCAGUUUUAGGUACUUGAAUAUUUUAGACUUUCCUUGUUCAUCUGUUUGGUUAUCAAUUAUUUUCUCUUUACGAUUUUCCUUAAUCAAUCUGCUUGAGGUGUGAUACCUUCAAGACAGCAUACAGUUGUGAAAAUGUAUACUAGGUGGUUGGCAUGUACAGCUGAUAGUGAAAGCACUGAUUUUUUUAAAAAACUUUUCGCAUAACAGAUACACCACAAUGCAUUCAUGGUUAAGUGUUAAAUGUUCAAUUAUAGUUAGAAACACAAUGCAAUGGUAGUUACUUUUAAGCACCUUUUUGCACUCACAGAAGAUCGUUAUAUAAAAGGGACAUGAAUUAUUUUCUACAUUUUGUUUUACAAGAGCUUGCUGGGAAGUGUGAUGAACAAAAGCAUUCACAAAGUGAUUAAUGUAUUGAAUCAUGGAGCAUUGUUUCUAAAGUGAUUAAUGCCAGUUGUAGUUGCUUGAAAUUGAAACUCAAAUAGAUUUAUAUUCUUUUGUUGUGUAUAUUCUAAGGUGACUGAACUAGUAGGAUUCAGUAGCUACUUAUGUUGAAGUUAUUCAGAACUCAAGUUAAAGAAUGAAUUUAUCCAUCUGGAAUAAAAUCGAAUUAUAACUGGGAAGUCCAUAGAAUCGAAGUAUUGUACAAAAGGAGAAGCUAAUUAUUUAGUUUGUUGUGAUCGCCGGGUUAACUUGAAAUUCUG